GCCUCCUUUGUCCUGGAUUUGGGAGUUGAGCGCCUUCGUCGCCAUUGGCCUUCCUCCCCCAGCUCCAGCCUCUCUCAUCUUGGGAAUCUGCGUCAGAAGUCACUCGCAGUCCCGCCAGCCCAGUUUUUUCAACAAGAAGCAAAGCAGACUGCCAGCAGUUUUGAGAGCUUGUGAAAACAGCUUGCAAGGAAAAUGAAGCUCCCUAUUUUCAUAGCAGACGCAUUCACAGCAAAAGCAUUUCGUGGGAAUCCUGCUGCUGUUUGCCUCCUAGAAAAUAAAUUGGAUGAAGACAUGCAUCAAAAAAUUGCAAAGGAAAUGAACCUCUCUGAAACUGCUUUUAUCCGAAAACUGCACCCAACUGACAACUUUACACAAAGUUCCCGCUUCGGAUUAAGGUGGUUUACGCCGGCGUGUGAGGUCCCUCUCUGUGGCCAUGCUACCCUGGCUUCUGCAGCUGUGCUGUUUCACAAAAUAAAAAACGUGAAUAGUACUCUAACCUUUGUCACUCUGAGUGGGGAACUAAGGGCCAAAAGAGAAGAGGAUGGGACCGUCCUGGACUUUCCUCUUUAUCCAGCCCACCCCCAGGACUUCCAUGAAGUGGAGGACUUGAUAAAGACUGCAAUAGGUGACACACUGGUCCAGGACAUCUGCUAUUCUCCAGACACCCGAAAGCUCCUCGUCCGGCUCAGUGAUACUUACAACAGGUCAUUUCUGGAGAACCUGAAGGUGAACACACAGAAUCUGCUGCAAGUGGAAAACACAGGGAAGGUGAAAGGACUCAUUCUCACCCUUAAAGGAGAGCCUGACGGGCAGGCCCAAGCGUUUGAUUUUUACUCCAGAUAUUUUGCGCCGUGGCUUGGCGUGGCGGAAGACCCCGUAACAGGGUCUGCGCAUACCGUUCUCGGCAGCUACUGGUCCCAGCAACUGGGGAAGAAAAACAUGCAUGCCUGUCAGUGCUCCUGCCGAGGAGGAGAACUGGAGAUUUCUCUGCGUCCUGACGGAAGAGUUGACAUUAGGGGAAGCGUUGCUAUCGUGUUAGAGGGCACGCUGACAGCCUAAGGUGGUAGUGCUGCGGUGCUGCUAUCUUGAAUGACUAAGUAUUUUCUGCAUGAAAACAAAUGUAAGGGGCUGCCUUUAGCAAAUCUGCACAGUAGUCCACUUAAUCCUCAUGUUAGAAAAAUGAAGACAUAUCAAUGGAGAUUUAAUAAUACUUCCUGAUUAAUUAACUAAUGGAGUUUUGGGUCUACCUGUGAAUGCAUUUGAAAUGUAAGUAACCAGGGGCCACCCGGUGGCCGAGUGGUUAGGUUUGCGUGCUCUGCAUCGGCGGCCCAGGGUUUCGCCAGUUCGGAUCCUGGGCGCGGACAUGGCACCACACAUCAGGCCAUGCUGAGGUGGCGUCCCACAUGC